AUGAGAAUGCUUCUGCAGUUGGGUUUUCUGGCUCUUGGAGUUGCCUACAUCCAUGGGUUUGCUAUAGGCAGUUCCAUGAGUACAGUGGUGGCAGAGACCCUGGCUCUACUCUCGACCCAUCGAACUCUGCUGACAGGCAAUGAGAGCCUGAGGAUUCCUGUUCCUGCGCAUAAAAAUCACCAACUAUGCACUGAAGAAAUCUUUCAGGGAAUAGACACACUGAAGAAUCAAACCGUACAAGGAGACGCUGUGGAAAAACUAUUCCGAAACUUAUCUUUGUUAAAAAAUUACAUUGACGACCAAAAAAAAAAGUGCGGAGAAGAAAGACGGAGAGUAAAGCAAUUCCUAGAAUACUUACAAGAAUUUCUUGGGGUGAUAAACACUGAGUGGACAAUGGAGAGUUGA